CUUUCGGUUUAUGCAUUUCACAACCCUUGACGAGGAUCCACUGCAAUUUUAUCCGUGUCAGUUCACGUUUAACAAACGCUCAUUUCGUCUUAGGAGUCAUUAUGUUCACAAUUCUUUUUGGGAUACAUUUUGCAAUAAGAACACUUAUUGACUGGAUAUGGAGUGACGACAAUCAUAAUGGUCAACUGCCAGAUGAUCUUGACCUUCACCAGACAACAGCUGACCUUCAUGAUACAACUGAUGGAGGCGGGACUGGGACACAUGAUGUAGGCAGAGUUGGGACGGGUUACAGAAUUAAUCAUUUAGAAGGUAUUGGUUCGAGGAAACGAGGAUCAGAUGAUAAAGGUUACCGUAGCAACAAUGAUUUUGUAGUUCCUGUAAAAGUUGCCCAUUUAUCUGCUGCCAAACCAAUCAACAAAUACAGGAAAGAGGAAAUUUCUCGUCAGCAUGUUACAGAUGUUGGUUCAAGGAAGCGAGAGUUGUCAGAUAGAAAUAACUCUGGCAAUGAUGAAGUUGAUGUUCCUGUGAAAGUUGCACAUUUGUCUACAGUCAUGACUGAACAGGAAAGUCAGGAACCAUUUGACAUAAGAAAAGUGCAUGGCUAUCAAGAGAUGCCCUUUCUUAGUGAUGAGGAUACUAUUAACUUCAUUAAACAUUCUAACACAAUGUUCAUCAUGCGGGGCCUCCCUGGCAGUGGUAAAUCAACACUUGUGAAAAGUCUACAAAAUAUCUACAAAGGGUCAGUGGCAGUGUGUUCUGCUGAUGACUUCUUUCGUAGUAGUGAUGGAAGUUACAAUUUUGAUGCAGGCAGACUGUCAGAAGCUCAUAAAGACUGCCAGAACAAGGCAGCAUACCACUGUAAUAAAGGAACACCAGUCGUAAUUAUAGAUAACACAAACAUACAACGAUGGUCUAUGGGGUUUUACAUGAAACUUGCACAAAGAAGCUGCUACUAUCAUGUGGUUGUUUUAGAACCCCAAACUCCGUGGCGAUAUGACCCAGAGGAGUUGGCACAGAGAAAUAAACAUCAUGUUGACAGGGAAACUAUUGGCAGGAAGCUACAGAGUUUGAGAGACAAUGUGUACAGACCGUUGUAUUAUGGAUGGUUCCUUUCUAAGGAAGAUUCCUCUAUGUUGGUGAAGAAAUCGAGAGAUGUUCUAAGGCAGUGUUUGAAUGAAGUGGCUUUUCCAGAUCUCGGCUCUCAGGAUGUCUCUGACAGUUUCACAGCUUUAGAGGAUAUUUUGAGCAAUGUGGUGAUAUCCUAUACUGAUCCACACCCCAUGUUGCACUGUACAGCGGCAUACCUUGCAAGGCGGUCCAAGGAUGCCUACCACAACGAGGACCAUGUAGUUAGAGCCAUGGGCAGGAAAUUUACACUUAAGAUCUCAGGAUUUGUUUACAGUAGACAAGCUUUAAGCGCAAGGGUAGUUCUUCAAGAAGAUGCAGUAAACUUGGUUUCUAAGGAAAGUGGAUCAGAUUCCAGGGGUAUUACAAGUUUCUCAGGAACUUCAGGUUCUGAAAAUUGUAGUGAUAGACAGUAUGAAACAAUUAGGUUAUCAGAUCUGUAUGUAAAGGAUGAAGAAGAAAUUUUACGUGAAAGGUACAGGGAUGUUCAUUUACACUCAUCAGAUAGUGACCAGAAACAUGCAUUGUUUCAGCAUGGAUGCAGUGCUCAUAUUACUAUAUCCUAUGCAACGGAGGGCCAAUCAAAAUUGAGUGGAGAAAACUUACUGAAUAUUCUUGAACUUGAAUUUUACGGUAAAGUGAAGCAGCAAAAGUCAAGUGUCGGAGUAGUGUCUGCCUAUGGAAAGGAUUUGUUUCAGUUACAGUUAAAUGAACCAGUUGAAGUUAAUUGCUUGUUCCAGGGAUUUUAUUCAAGCAGAGGUUGAAUCAGUAAUCAGAUAUUGUGUGGCUUUAAGACUGUGCCUUUUUAUUGUACCCCCCCCCCCCCCCCGACAACAAAGUUGUAAGAGGGGUAUACUGGUUUCAGGUUGUCUGUCUGUCUGUCCGUAGACACAAUCUUGUGUGCACCAUCUCUCCUCAUCCCCUUGACACAAUUUAAUGAAACUUCACACAAAUGAUCAGUAGCAACAGUAGUAGUGCAUGGGACAUGUUAGGUUCUUUCAGAAAAAAAAAUUGCAGAGUUAUGGGAUUUUGUUUUUUGUUACUAUACUAUAUACAUAGACACAAUCUUGUGCGCACCAUCUCUCCUCAUCCCCUUGACACAAUUUAAUGAAACUUCACACAAGUGAUCAGUAACAACAGUAGUUGUGCAUGGGACAUGUUAGGCUCUUUCAGAAAAAAAAUUUGCAGAGUUACGGGACUUUGUUUUUUGUUACUAUACUAUAUACAUAGAUGCAAUCUUGUGCGCACCAUCUCUCCUCAUCCCCUUGACACAAUUUAAUGAAACUUCACACAAGUGAUCAGUAACAACAGUAGUUGUGCAUGGGACAUGUUAGGUUCUUUCAACGACAAAAAUUGCAGAGUUAUGGGACUUUGUUUCUUGUUAACAUACUAUGUACAUACAGUCUGCAUAUGCAAUCUUGUGCACGCCUAAUCUUCCGAACCCUUGAACACAAUUUAAUGAAACUUCACACAAGUGAUCAGUACCAACCCUUGUUGUGCAUGGUGCAUGUUUCGUUCUUUUAGAUAAAUAUUCUGCAUAGUUAUGGGACUUUGUUUUUUGUUACUAUACUGUAUACAUACAGUCUAUAUACAUACAGUCCACAUAAUUAUGCAAUCUUGUGUGCGUCAAAUUGCAAUGUACUGUGUCAGUGCAUGAGGGGGGUACAUUCAUCACCUUUAGUGAUAGCUCUAGUUUUGAAAGGAUUUUAGUUUUGUUCUUUUGUAAAGACUGUUCAUAGAUUUUAUUAGCCCACCAUCAUCAGAUGGUGGGCUAUUCAAAUCACUCUGCGUCCGUGGUCCGUCGUCCUUCCGUCCGUCCGUCCGUCCGUCAGUCCGUCCGUCCUUCCGUCCGUUAACAAUUUCUCGUUAUCGCAUCUCCUCAUAAACUACCUGGGGGAUUUUGACCAAACUUUGUCAGAAUGAUGUAUUGAUACCCUAGUUGUGUCCCCCUGAAAAUCAGACUGGUUCAACAAUUUUUUAGUAAGUUAUGGCCCUUUGUUUAUUUCUAUAAUUUACAUAGAUUUAUAUAGGGAAAAACUUUGAAAAUCUUCUUGUCCAAAACCACAGAGCCUAGGGCUUUGAUAUUUGGUAUGAAGCAUCAUCUAGUGGUCCUCUACCAAGAUGAUUCAAAAUAUUUCCUUGGGGUCUAAUAUGGCCCCGCCCCGGGGGUCACAUGGUUUAUAUACACUUAUAUAGGGAAAAACUUUGAAAAACCUCUUGUUCAAAACCACAGGGCCUAGGGCUUUGAUAUUUUGUAUAUGACAUCAUCUAGUGGUCUUCUACUAAGAUUGUUCAAAUUAUCCCCCUAGGGUCAAAUAUGGCCCCGCCCCGGGGGUCACAUGGUUUACAUAGACUUACAUAGGGAAAAACGUUGAAAAUCUUCUUGUCCAAACCACAAAGCCUAGGGCUUUGGCAUUUGUAAUGUAGCAUCAUCUAGUGGUUCUCUACCAAGUUUGUUCAAAUUAUCCCCCUAGGGUCAAAUAUGGCCCCGCCCUGGGGGGUCACAUGGUUCAUAUAGACUUAUAUAGGGAAAAGAUUUUAAAAUCUUCUUGUCAAUAACCUACAACAUUCAAAUUUGGACCACAUGUAUGGUUUUGAGUGGCAAGAUGAACCUUGACAUGAGUUGACCUUUAUUUUGACCUAGUGACCUACUUUCACAUUUCUGUAGCUACAGCCUUCAAAUUUGGACCACGUGCAUAGUUUUGUGCACUGAAAAAAACUUUGACCUUGACUUUGACCUAGUGACCUUCUUUCACAUUUUUGAUGGUACAGGCUUCAAAUUUGGACCACAUGCAUAGUUUUGUGUUCUGAAUUGGAAUUUGACCUUGAUUUUGACCUACUGACCUACUUUCACAUUUCUCAAGCUACAGCCUUCAAAUUUGGACCACAUGCAUAGUUUUGUAUACCGAAACAAACUUUGACCUUUACAUUGACCUAGUGACCUACUUUCACAUUUUUGAUGGUACAGGCUUCAAAUUUGGAACACAUGCAUAGUUCUGUGUUCCGAAAUAAAAUUUGACCUUGAUUUUGACCUAGUGACCUACUUUCACAUUUCUCGAGCUACAGCCUUCAAAUUUGGACCACUUGCAUAGUUUUGUGUACCGAAAUGAACUUUGACCUUAAGAUUGACCUAGUGACCUACUUUCACAUUUCUGUAGCUACAGGCUUCAAAUUUAGACCACAUGCAUAGGAUUGUGUACCGAAACAAACUUUGACCUUGACAUUGACCUAGUGACCUACUUUCACAUUUUUGAAGGUACAGGCUUUAAAUUUGGACCACAUGCAUAAAUUUGUGUUCUGAAGUGUAAUUUGACCUUGAUUUUGACCUAGUGACCUACUUUCACAUUUCGUCCUUGAAAUUGAUCUAGUGACCUACUUUCACAUUUCUCAAGCUACAGCUUUCGAAUUUGGACCACAUGCAAAGUGUUGUGUACGGAAAUGAAAUUUGACCUUGAGCUAGUCAGUAAGUCUUGAAAUUUGGAACACUCAAAAAUGGCACAUUGGUGGGCGCCAAGAUCACUCUGUGAUCUCUUGUUUAAUUGUUUAUUUAAGUUUGUUUUGAAACAAAAUUAAAUUUUAAGGUACAAAACGGUUUUUAAAUUUGAAGCAUUUUAAUAUGAUUUCAGCAAGAGUAAAUCAAAAAGCGUUACUACGGCUACAAAAAAUUAAACUAUAAACUUCAAAGAUAUCCUUGCAUGUUGAGGAUGUUUAAUGCAUCAACAAUGAUCUUAUCCCUUUAAAGUAAUAUUAUGAAGAAUUAAAAAGCAUCAUCUUACAGUAAGUGUUUUAGUUAUUGCAAUCAAGUUACUGUACUUUAGAAUUCAGUUUUCAUGGAAAACAAUCUUUGUCUGAGACCCGACGUGCCCGCUCGUGAUGAAAUAAUGCAUGGAGGGGCACCAGGGGUCUUCCUCCACUAUUGAAGCUAGAAAGUCGCCUUAUGACCUAUAAUUGUGUAUAUGUAUUUACUGUAAAAGUAGAAAUUUUCGCGAGGGUUUAAUUUUCGCUAUAUUUGCGAGGCCCUAUAUCUCGCGAAAAUAAAUCCUCGCGUAUUAUUCACCAUUAGUAUGAUUUUAAUGCAAGCAAGAUACCAUUUUUACAAUUUGGCGAAUAUUAAACCUUGAGAACAUUUUCAGAAUUUCAAAUUCGUGAAAUUUUGACCCCGCUAAAAUAUGUGCGUUUACAGUAUUUAUGCUGUAUAAAAAUUGAUUUUCCUAAGUGGAGUAAGUACAAACAUUGCAAUUGAAUACUUCUUUUCUUCACUAUGAAUGGCCAUACAUUGUAUGUCUGCUUAAGAUACUGUUGUCACUGUUGGAUUUAGUACAAAGAUCAUAUUGAAACUAUUGUUCACCUGUGUGUUUGCUUACAAGUCAAUUUAGAUUACAUUUAUCAAUUAACGCCUUACCACAAACCUCACAUUAAAAGCAAUUUAUUCUAAAAUGAACUGUAAUUAGCUGUAAAAUUGCAUGUAUUAAAAUUAAAGGCUUUCUCAUC